CAAGCCCACCCCAAACCCCACCCCAUCUCAUCGGCGCCUCCGCCGCCUCGUCGGCGCUUAGCGAUCUCCGCGUGCCCCCCUCGCUCUAUCGUUUCUCUUCUGCCCACCCAAAGUUUCCUUCUUUAUUGUCACCUCGCCUGGCCACAGCAGCAGCAACAGGACAGGGAUCGUGCAGACAAGGGAUAAAAGGGGGAGGAAGCGUUUCCUCUUGUUAUCUUGUGUUAUUUUUUUUUUUUAUCGAUCGUGGUCGAUCGGUCCGAUGGACGGCGAGGUGCUCGAUAGCAUCAUCAGUCGGCUGCUGGAGGUACGGACGGCGAGGCCUGGGACUCUGGUCCGCCUGACAGAGGCGGAGAUCCACCAGCUUUGCGUCGCGUCCCGCGAGAUCUUCCUCGCGCAGCCGAACCUCCUGGAGCUUGAAGCUCCCAUCAAGAUCUGCGGUGAUAUUCAUGGCCAGUACAGUGAUCUCUUAAGGCUUUUUGAGUAUGGAGGCCUCCCUCCAUCUGCUAAUUAUUUAUUCUUAGGCGAUUAUGUGGAUCGAGGAAAGCAAAGCUUGGAAACAAUAUGCCUACUACUUGCAUACAAAAUUAAAUACCCGGAGAACUUCUUCCUUCUGCGUGGAAACCAUGAAUGCGCUUCUAUUAAUAGAAUAUAUGGAUUUUAUGACGAAUGUAAGCGCCGGUUUAGUGUGAGACUAUGGAAGGUAUUUAGUGAUUGUUUUAAUUGCCUUCCUGUAGCUGCUUUAAUUGAUGACAAGAUAUUGUGCAUGCAUGGAGGAUUGUCCCCUGAUUUAACGAGGUUGGAUCAAAUAAAAAGUAUACAUAGACCAUGUGAUGUCCCUGAAAGUGGUUUAGUUUGUGACUUACUCUGGGCUGAUCCUGGUAGAGAAGUUCAAGGUUGGGGAGAAAAUGACAGGGGGGUCUCUUGGACUUUUGGUGCAGAUACAGUUACCAACUUCUUAGCCAGACACGACCUUGAUCUCGUCUGUAGGGCACAUCAGGUUGUGGAGGAUGGGUAUGAAUUCUUUGCUGACAAACAACUUGUGACAAUAUUCUCAGCCCCAAAUUAUUGUGGUGAGUUUGAUAAUGCGGGAGCCAUGAUGAGUGUCGAUGAGACAUUGAUGUGCUCCUUCCAGAUUCUCAAACCUGCUGAAAAGAAGCCAAAAGCCAUGUUCUCUACAAGAAUUUGAUAAUCAACCAUGGAUUUGCCAUCAAGGUAAUUUGACUGCACCAAAUGAGAUGAUGAGGCAGCAAAUGUUGUCGACCACAGUGACUUUAAAGGUGCAGAGGUGCUGUAAUAAUAUGUCAUGUCGCCAUGGCUAUUGGCUGUAAUCGACUUCCUUUUAUAACUCCAUUUAUGUCCCAAGUUUCAAAUUCAAGAAUUCUUUCUACGCUGGGAACCGUAUUUGUAUAUUCACACGGAAGUAAUUUCUACACUUUCUAGUUCAUUGUC